AUGUUCGCUCUCGUCUUAGUUGUCCUGGUUGUAUCAUUUGAAUGUGAAAUGGGAGCUAUCGCAGGUCCAGUUCCAGAACCAGCUGCAGCAAACAGUGGUUGUCCUGGCUGUCCCGGUGGAUGCCCUAAUUGCCCUAGGUGUUGUGGAUGCCGUGGAUGUCGAGGUGGAAAGUGUCCAGGAGGCUGCUGCAGAGGCUGUCGAAGACAAUAA